AUGCCUCCUUCGGCCGUGCCCCCGGCCGCACAGCUUACCCCGCAGGCCGCGGCCGCCAUCGCAGCUGCCAACGCUGCCGCUGCCCUCCACCGAGCGCCCGCGGCCUUCCCUUAUCCGAACGCUCUGCCCAUGUCGGCCAGGGUUCCGCCGUUCAUGAUGGGCUACCCGGGCGUGAUGCCAACAGCGGCGGGUGUCCGCCCCAAUGCGACGCCACCACAGGCGGGCCUCUUGCCGUCGCUGCUCACGCAAGUGCAGGCGGCCUCGGCCAGCAGCGUCGGCAACGCCUACCAGCCCCAGUUCCCAACGACGCCCAUGUCCGCCAACACCGCCGCUACCACUCCUACGCCCGCCGUGUCAUCACAAAUCGACAACGACCAGCAGAUGCAGCAGCGGGAGAAGCGGGAGGCGGAAGAGCGGGAACGGCGCGCGGCCGAGGAGAAGGAGACCAAGCGCCGGGAGGCGGAAGAGAAAGAACGCAAGCGCAGGGAGGCGGCGAAAAAGGAGGAAGACCCCAAGGCCAAGGAAGAGCGGGAAGCGCGGGAGAAGAAGAAGCGGAAGGAGCUCAAGGCCAAGAUAUCGAAGCUGAUCAUCCAGUGUCUCGAGUACUACUACAAGCAGAAGCGCAUCGCCUCCAAGGAGGACUUCAAGUACCUGUCGCGUACCUGGACGCACAAGGUCAUGGAGAAGGGCAAGGGCGAGUUCAACGCCGACAAGAUCAGGAAGUUCGUGCACAACUACUUCCAGACCAACCCGGGCGUGUACAAGCGCAAGGAGGGUGAGGCUGAGCGAGGCCACAAGAAGUCGCGAUCUGGCGCGGGCCAAGGUGUGUAG